GGAUAGGCAAGCCUAGUUUGUUGGAUUUAUAUUGUCCAGUUUUGACACAUUUGUUUUGCUCAACAGAGUAUUGGCGCUAAGCCCUGGGAUUUCACCUCGUCCUUGAGAGACCAGCGCAAAUCAACCCCCAAUAAAACAUCUCGACCCUUUUCACCUCUCCGGCACUGAGGGUCGUUUCCCGUCGAGACACGUGGACGACGCGGUAUAUACAACAUUAGACUCAAGGAUGCCUAGAAGAAUGGAUGGGAGAUCCAAAUCCUCCUCGCCCACCAUGUCUCCACUGUUGUCCUUUUGAACUGUGUGUUGAUCGCAGGACAGGAAACGGGACUGAAGAAUCAGCGACUCUAUAGAAGGACUCAGACUGGGUGGGAGGAGAUCCCAGCAGGGUUCGGCUGUUCACUGAUGGGUUUGUGGUUUGAAGACGAGCGGCACUUAUCUAUUUCACAUCAUUUGUAGGUAGAGACAGACACAAGGACAGAACUCUUUCAGCACAAGGGGCCUCCGCACAACUGACAGAUUUUCCAUCUAGUGAUCCAAACGCAAAAUCACACUUUCUAGAGGAGGAAUGAAGACAGGUGAAGCUGAAGACAGGAUGUCUUCCAAGCGACCAGCCUCUCCAUAUGGGGGAACAGAUGGAGAGGUAGUCAUGGCGACGAGCAGACAGCGAUUGGACGAUGAAGAGGUUGACGGACAUGCUGUCAUUCACUUGCCCCUGAGUUCGUACUGCAGCAAAGUGUCCCCGCAAUCUCCUCGUCUGCUCGAUAGCCCCCCAGCACUACACACAAACAUGGAUCAGGACUGCAGUAAAGGCCUGGCCCUGAGCCCCUAUCCCCAUCACAACUCGUCUACCUCACCCAGUAAACAGCAGCAGGAGGAGGGGUCCAUGCGGCCGGGGAGUGAUCCCAGCCUCAUCGCAGCUCUGGGAACCCCUGAGCGACGCAAGGGCAGCCUGGCCGAUGUGGUAGACACGCUUAAACAGCGCAAGAUGGAGGAACUGAUCAAAAAUGAGCCUGAGGAGGCCCCCAGCAUUGAGAGGCUGUUGUCUAAGGACUGGAAGGACAAGCUAUUGGCCAUGGGUUCUGGCAACUUUGGAGAGAUCAAAGGCACCCCGGACAGCCUGGCGGACAAGGAGCGCCAGUUGAUGGGGAUGAUCACCCAGCUCAGCAGUCUCAGAGAGCAGCUACUGGCUGCCCACGAGGAGCAGAAGAAACUGGCCGCCUCACAGAUCGAAAAACAGCGUCAGCAAAUGGAGCUCGCAAAACAGCAACAGGACCAGAUUGCACGUCAACAGCAGCAACUCCUGCAGCAACAACACAAAAUUAACCUCCUACAGCAACAGAUCCAACAGGUCCAGGGUCAAUUGCCUCCAUUGAUGAUACCUGUGUUUCCUCCAGAUCAGAGAACUUUGGCUGCUGCUGCAGCCCAACAAGGAUUUCUGAUUCCACCAGGGUUUAACUACAAACCAGGCUGCAGUGACCCUUACCCUCUACAGCUGAUCCCUACUUCUAUAGCAGCUGCUGCUGCUGCAACGCCUGGUCUCGGCCCUCUUCAGCUUCAGAAAGUCAUCUGGGAUUGGAACAACAUGAAGCAGUUGUAUGCAGCUCAGCUGGCUGCUAUGCAGGUGUCUCCGGGGGCCAAACACAGCACAGUGCCUCAGGCCAACCUGGCAACCGGCACACUCUCGCCCACCAGCGGCCAGAGCGAGAAAAACAGAAACACCCCGCCACCAAAGCCCAAGGACGAGGGCGCUCAGCCCUUGAAUCUGUCGUCCAAGCCUAAGGCACCUGAGAGCAAGUCACCCACCUCCCCCGCUUCCCCACAGGUCCCCACCCUGAAGCUGGGCCCCGGAUCCCUGAAGCACAGUGCCCCCUCCAGCAUCGGAGGACCGCCAUCCAGACUCAGCUCCAUAGAUCUGCUGUCCUCCAUCACCUCUGGCGGCUACCUGAAUGAUCAUGAGGCUGUAACCAAAGCCUUCCAGGAGGCCCGACAGAUGAAGGAGCAGCUGAAGAGAGAGCAACAGGUUCUGGAUGCCAAGGUGGCAGCAGUCAACAGCCUGAGUCUCAACAACGGACGCUCAGAGAAGGAUAAAGCAGCUCUGGAGAGCUUGAGCCAGCAGUUAAAGCAGUCUGAAGAGAGCAAGUUCACUCACGCAAUGAUGGACUUUGGCAUCAGUGGCGAUUCUGAUGGAAGUCCCGGUGUGUCAGACUCACGGAUCUUCAGAGAGGCUCGAGGGCGUGGCAGCAGUGAGCCGCACAUCAAGAGGCCCAUGAAUGCCUUCAUGGUCUGGGCUAAAGAUGAAAGGAGGAAGAUCUUACAGGCCUUUCCUGACAUGCACAACUCUAACAUCAGCAAGAUCCUUGGUUCUCGCUGGAAGUCCAUGACAAACCUGGAAAAGCAGCCAUACUAUGAAGAACAGGCCCGUCUUAGUAAGCAGCACCUAGAAAAAUACCCUGACUACAAAUACAAGCCACGGCCCAAACGCACCUGCCUGGUGGACGGCAAGAAACUGCGCAUUGGUGAAUACAAAGCCAUCAUGCGCAACCGAAGACAGGAAAUGCGGCAGUAUUUCACUGUAGGGCAGCAGGCCCAGUUGCCCUUGUCACCAGCGGGCGUUGUGUACCCAGGCGUGCUCUCAAUGGCAGGAAUGCCAUCUCCACAGAUGCCCUCUGAGCACUCGAGCAUGUCCAGUAGUCCUGAACCAGCCCCGCCUACCAGCCAGCCCUUAUACCUCAGCGCCCACAAAAAGGAGGGGGCUCGGGUGAAACAGGAGGAUCUCCGAAUGAAUGACGGCAACGGUGACGCCUACGAUGACUUUGACUACGAAGAUGACGACGGCGACUAUGGCAGCGACAGUGAGAACCACAUCGUUCAGUAAACCUGCCAAGCACAGCCAUCUCACCAAUCACCUGGCAUCUCACACAAGAAAACUUUGUUCUGUCCCCAUACACCGUCCAAUCAGGACUCCUCCAGAGCCAAGCCCCUCUAACGGGAGUCUCGAUAAUGCAGCAGAGCACAGGACCUGUCAAUCAAAAUGACUGUUACAGGAAAAGGAGGGCCUUGUAGAGGUUCAAAAAGUUAAAAACUUGCCUUUGACUCCUGCUGAGCUAACAUACUACAGCAAGUUUGUUUCAAAUCACGAUUAAGCUACGAAACAGGAAAAAUUGGACCUGUUUGUUUAUAAAGAGACUCUUUUAAAACAGCUUUUUUGUUGAUUCUAUAAUAUUCUCACUCAGGUACACCGUGCCAACAAGUGGCUUGUGAAUGUGAUUUUGUUGUUUUUGUGCUACAGUUUUAUUAGAGAGAAAAAAAGACAGUUAUUUUCCUCAUCACCAUAAAAGCACCUGACAGGAGUCACGACAAACAUUUCCUGUUUGCUGAAUCUUUCUAUCACCCUCAUGCCAAUGUCCUCUUACAGUCAACAAUGUCUUUUCUUUUGGAUGAAAGGAUGGAAGGGAGGAUUCAAGUCCCUUCACUCAGGAGACAAAUGCUGGAUGACAGACAAUCCCUCCUUCCUCACAUCUUUUCCUCUUGACGCAUGUUUCCUUUUUCCUCUUCUCUGUGGGAACUCUGGACAUCAACGUGUCUCUCUCUCAGGUGUGGAGACAAACUUUAUGAGAUAGCACAAAUUUAGUGUUUGCCGAACAGCUGACAUGGAGAAGGUUGUCGUGGAGAGUGAAGCCUCGAGCAGAAUAAUUGUAUGCGUGCACAUUUCGUUGUUUGUAAUUCCUUACAUGUGUGUGGAUGAAUGCGCCUUUCAUGAUAGAUUUUAAGUUAAUUUUUUUACAUAUAGACGGUUGAUGUGCUGGUCAUGUGAACAUUUAAAAACACUCAAUAUAUAUGUAAUAUUAAAUUCAUACAUUUCAUGCUAGCAAACAGAUUGAAACUGCACUGGUGCACAGCAACACAAAAUGAGAUAGAUCGGACAUGAGCCAUCCUUCUUUCAUUCCUUCCUACUUUCCUGUUUCCAUAAUUUCUUCCUAAUUCUUUCCUUCCUCCACCCUUCCUUAAUACUUCUUUCAUCCUUCCUUCAUACUUCUUUCAUCCUUCCUCCACCCUUCCUUCAUACUUCUUUCAUCCUUCCUUCAUACUUCUUUCAUCCUUCCUCCACCCUUCCUUCAUACUUCUUUCUUUCCUUCCUUCUUUCUUUACUUCCUCCACCCUUCCUUCAUACUUCUUUCUUUCCUUCCUUCCUUCUUUACUUCCUCCACCCUUCCUUCCUACUUCUUUCUUUCCUUCCUCCACCCUUCCUUCAUACUUCUUUCUUUCAUUCCUCCACCCUUCCUUCAUACUUCUUUAUUUCCUUCCUCCACCCUUCCUUCAUACUUCUUUCUUUCCUUCCUCCACCCUUCCUUCAUACUUCUUUCUUUCCUUCCUCCACCCUUCCUUCAUACUUCUUUAUUUCCUUCCUCCACCCUUCCUUCCUACUUCUUUCCUUCCUCCACCCUUCCUUCCUACUUCGUUCCUUCCUCCACCCUUCCUUCAUACUUCUUUCUUUCCUUCCUCCACCCUUCCUUCAUACUUCUUUCUUUCCUUCCUCCACCCUUCCUUCAUACUUCUUUAUUUCCUUCCUCCACCCUUCCUUCCUACUUCUUUCCUUCCUCCACCCUUCCUUCCUACUUCGUUCCUUCCUCCACCCUUCCUUCAUACUUCUUUCUUUCCUUCCUCCACCCUUCCUUCAUACUUCUUUAUUUCCUUCCUCCACCCUUCCUUCAUACUUCUUUCUUUCCUUCCUCCACCCUUCCUUCAUACUUCUUUAUUUCCUUCCUCCACCCUUCCUUCCUACUUCUUUCCUUCCUCCACCCUUCCUUCCUACUUCGUUCCUUCCUCCACCCUUCCUUCAUACUUCUUUCUUUCCUUCCUCCACCCUUCCUUCUUGCUUCCUUCUUUCUUUCCUUUGUUGCUUUCUUCCUUUUUUCCUUCCUUUCUUUUUUUCAUCAGUCUGUACUGUUUCUCUCAUUCCAAAAAGAAAAGAGAUUGGUAAUGAAUGGUUUCUAGAUAAGAGCCUGUGCUUGAAUGGCAUACUGAAGUAGAAGAAAAGAGUUUCUGUAUAGGACUCCACUCCAUCAUUUCCACAAGCCCCAGCACUCAGUACUCUGUGGAAAGAUAGAAAGGCUCCCAAAUACUCAGAGAAACCAGGGAUCUCCACACAAGCAAACCGUGUGUGUGUGUGUGUGUGUGUGUGUGCUUGUGUGUGUUUCAAUCAGCGCCCCUUAAUAUAUCUCACAUCUCUUGUCCUCUGGAGGGGUUUGUGUUCUGUCUCUACCUCUAUAUUUCCUUCAAUUUUCCCAUCUAUCACACUGUUUAUCUGUGCAGAGGAGCGUCAGAGCUAUGCCAUCAGUCAUUUGCUCCCUGUGUGGCUUUCACUGACCCACUCCAUCUCACUGCACCUGUGUGGCUGCUGUUGGCACGGCAACAGCAAUUGAUUGACGGCUGACCUAAGUGUAACUACACUGCUAGCCUCUCUCUGGCCUGGUGUGGGCAUGAUCGGGCAGCUGGAGGGGAGAGAAGAACAAACUGUUUAGUGAUACAUCUCUGCUGUCUGCGCGCCUAUAGUUUUACACUGCAAAAAACAGUUGCUUAAUCAGUGUUUUUGUCUAGUUUUACAAUAAAAAUGUCUAAAAAUCCUAAAAUCAAGAUUUUGUGAGAUGUUACGCAAGUUUUAUUGUGUAAGACUUAAGAAUAUAUCAUGAAUUUAUGCUUCUUACCCCAUUGGCAAAUUUUUGCCUAGUUUUAAGCAUGACUUUAAUUUUGUGAGUUUAUGCUUAGAACAAGAACACAAUUUGCCAAUGCUGUCGAGUCUUAUUAUCUUACACACUUUUUCUUCUCAAGUAAAUCUAUCUUGUUUUAUGGAUGUUUAUAUAUUUUUACUGGAAAACAAAAAUUAUUAAUGCACCUUAAAGCCCUGCACAGCACAGCACAAAUCAAAUUACAUGUUCAGACUGCACACAUAUAAUACAAUCUAUACAAAUUAUGAAAAACGUAUCAAUACAAUUCCGCUUUUCUGGCCUACAUGGGAUUUUUUUUAAAAUGUGGUAAUUGUUCCGUUAUCUCAAAAGUACUCUGCAUUGCUAGCAACAUAAUUUACACACUUAACACACACUCUGACCGAACACAUUUUGUGCGUUCCUCUUUGAUUAGUUUGUUUGGUUUAAUCAGAUCCAGCCCCAUCCGGUAAAGUCAUUUGUAUUUGUGUUUUGCCUCCAUGUCGACGUCACUCUGCUGUCGAGGUUGAGAGGAGCCGUUUCAGAUUCUGCAUGUCAAUGUUUUAGUUUGUAUUUGCAAAUACUGUAUUUUAUUUUCAUUUAAACUGCCUAUAGUGUAAUAAUAUUAUUAACAAUAAUUAUAAGAUUAGGCAGAAUUUUCUUAAGUUUAGUAAGUUAUGUACAGUAUAAUUUAUUAUUUUCCUCCAGUUGGAGUUUUUUUAUGAUCGUAUGGAAAUUGCGCUUGAUAAAGCAUUAUAUUUAGCUGGGUAGUUAUUUAGAUCUAAUUAUUAUGUUCAAUAUUUUCUUUUUUUUUUCUUUUUAUGUUUUUUUAUUAUUAUUAUUAAUCCUGUUUUGACGCUGGUAUAUCUCUGAGAAAGUGGUCACGGUGAACUGCUGACAUGAAGGAAAAGAGACAUUUCUCUUUUUCAUAAUUUUCGUUUCUCAUCCGUGCAUUGUUCAUGAACUCUAAACACAUUUCUAAAAGCACUAGGACUCUGAAUACUCUGAGAAAAACAUAAGAAGAACAUGAUAAUAUUAUUUGUAAUGGUUUAUGUAUAAUGUGAAUUUCCUAUCUGUUGAAAUCUUUUUUUUUUUUAUACUGAAGAUAAAGAAAACUAUAUUAUACCCCAGUUGUUAUUGAACAGAACAAUCCUCUUAUGAUACAUUGGAACAUCAUUGGUUUGGACUGAGGCAUUUGUGUUUUAGAGAACAGUUUCAUUCACGGUUUUAAUACAGAGCAUCUAUCUCUUGAAUCUGAAUUGGUAAUCAGAUUGUCUGAUUCCAGUGACGCUCCAGUGAAUGGCCAUAUUUUUAUCUGUUGGACUCCAGAAUUGUUUUAGCUCCACACGAUGUCUCCCUCUGUCAAUCAAACUCACAAAAGUGAUGUCACAAUCACAAAAUAGCAGCCAUCUGGUGUGACUAUGUUUUCUCAUGUAGAAAGUCCCACAAUCAUAUCAAUCAGACAUGUAUGAUAGAGGAAGGACUGGCUGGUUUUAACAUACAGGGUCACGUUGUGUCAAUUAUCUGAUGGCACGGUAACCUUGGGCUUCAUGAACACAUUUGUGAUGAAUUUAAAGAUCAUGACGACGAUUAUGAACAAUAAUAGAAAAGACAAUCAAUGUCGUGUGGAGCUCAAAACAAUGUUAAACGAUGACAAACAAAAAGUACUUAUCUUACCAUCUCAACUUGAAAAUCGAGAAAGAUAAUUAUGUAAAUAUAGCAUAGAGUUAUAGAUUUAUAUUUUGUUCAUAACACAGUGUAAUAUAAGUUGUAUAUUUCUUUCUUUUAUUGAUGUUAUUCAUGCCACAAUAAAAGCAAGAGUUACUGUACUCUUAUGGAGAGAAAAAAGAAAAAAAAAGCAAGCUGUGGGUUACCACCAUCUGUUCUAAGUUGAUGUUUUUCAGUAUUACUGCCAGUCAAGGCUCAAAUAAAAGCAGCAACGUGUUCUGUA